AGGAUUAUUUGUUUACCCUAGAACCUGAACCAAAUUCACCCGGUAAGGCCCAAACAUGGAAAAACCCUAGUUAUAUAUCACUCCCCCAUACUCACCACCAUUCUCAAUUCGCCUCUCUCUGCUGCAACAACAACAUCGAGUUCAAUCCCUUCCUGCAAACAUGAAGGUCAUCGCUGCUUAUUUGCUUGCCGUUUUGGGAGGGAAUUCAUCCCCUUCAGCUCUUGAUCUCAAGAACAUUCUUGGCUCUGUUGGGGUUGAUGCUGAGGAAGAUUUGAUUCAGUUGCUCCUAACCGAAGUCAAGGGAAAAGAUUUUGCCGAGAUAAUUGCUAGUGGGAGAGAAAAGUUGUCUGCAGUGCCUUCUGGUGGUGGUGCUGUCGCCGUUGCGGCUGCACCUGCUGCGGAAGCUGGUGGUGCUGCACCUGCAGAAGCAAAGGAGGAGAAGAAGGAGGAAGCAAAGGAUGAGUCGGAUGAUGAUUUGGGUUUCAGUUUAUUUGACUGAAAAGUCCGAGUACUUUACAUGUCACCAUUUGCAGUUCAAUUAGAGUUUUAGCCUAAUGACAAGGUUUUUGUUUCUUGAGUUACAUAUUGUGUUAGAUUUUCAGAUUUGCUUUUUCAAUUGAGACAAUGUGUUAUCAAUGGCAUCAAUUUGCCUGAUAUAAUUUAGAAUGUUUUAAAAUUAAUUUGCCUGGUAUCGUAUUUAAUUAUAAGCAUUUAUCCUUCAACAGUACAA